UUAUCCUCUUCAUUUUACCAAAUGCCACAUUUGUUGCUCGCCAAUACAUUUCUUCAGAGCGUCUUAAGGAAAAAUAUAGAGGGCAUUUGACUGUCAUUUACGAAAUUUGGAAGCUUGAAUCGCGCUCCAUGUCUCUCUCUCCAUGAAUGCACAGAGACUUGCAGGCAUGGUAAUGGUGGUGGGAUCUCAAUGCAUGGGCUCGAAUUCCAAACCCACCCUCAUGGCCAUGCCCAUAUCAAAUACAAUAAAUGAAUGCGUUUUGUUUAUUUAUUCAUUUAUUUAUCAGUUCUUUAAUGAAGUUUUAUGGUUGCUUCCUUUCUCUGCAUCCUCUGUAAAUUUCAGUCACUUGGAUUUUAAGGAGGGGAAGAGAACAAGAUACUUCUUGGGGUGUAGUAAAAAUUAAGAAAUCGAUUAAUAAAUGUUACUUGGUUUUUUAGAGAGCCAUGUUUAUUAGAAACUAUGUAAUUUGGGUUAUGAAAAUGUAGUAUUGAAGGAGAAAUUUUACUGGCUUUUCGAUCAAGAAGAAGAAGAAGAACACAGCUUUACUGGGGAUUUCAGUCGAGAAGAAGAAGAAGAUUAAUUUUAUUUGGGUUUUUUUAUGAAAUAGAAAAGAGAGUAUUGGUUUUUCUGCAAUUAAAGGUUUUCAAAUAUGGGUGAAGCAGUUCCUGUGGGCUUGGCAGCUGCUGCAACAGCAAGAGGGGCCAUUGCUUAUCCCCCAACUGAACAACUACAUGAGCUCGAAUACUGCAUUCACUCUAAUCCUCCAUGGCCAGAAGUAAUCAUACUAGCCUUUCAACACUAUAUUGUGAUGUUAGGAACCAUUGCUAUGAUCUCCACCCUUCUUGUUCCUCAAAUGGGAGGUGACCAUGGGGAUAAGGCAAGGGUGAUUCAAACAUUACUGUUUAUGAGUGGUUUGAAUACACUUAUUCAGACAUUGGUUGGAACAAGACUUCCUACUGUGAUGGGAGGAUCGUUUGCAUUUGUGAUCCCUGUAGUGUCCAUCAUAGAUAAUAUCGCAUCCCGGCCAUUUGAAGAUGGACAUGAGAGAUUUGUACAUACCAUGAGGGCUAUACAAGGAGCUUUGAUCGUUUCAUCGUUCUUGAAUAUCAUAAUUGGCUAUAGUCAGUCAUGGGGCAUGUAUACAAGGUAUUUCAGCCCUCUUGCAAUGAUCCCUGCAGUUUGCGUUGUGGGUCUUGGUCGAUUCGAACGGGGCUUUCCUCAGCUGGCAAAGUGUGUGGAGAUUGGCUUGCCUAUGCUACUUUUACUUAUCAUCAUCCAACAGUAUUUGAAGCAUCUCCAUCCAAGGGCUUACCCCAUACUCGAGAAGUUUGCUCUGCUUAUAUGCAUUGUCAUUGUUUGGUCACUUGCUGCCAUCCUCACAGCAGGAGGCGCAUACAACAAUGUUCAUGAGAAGACCAAAGAGCAUUGUCGGACUGAUAGAGCCUAUCUUAUAUCAUCAGCUCCAUGGAUCAAAAUCCCAUAUCCAUUUCAAUGGGGCGCACCCACUUUCAGUGCAAGCCAUGUUUUUGGAAUGAUGGGUGCUUCUCUUGUUUGUACUUUUGAGUCUACCAAUGCAUAUUAUGCUGCUUCACGGCUUGCUGGUGCAACACCUCCUCCUCCCCAUGUCCUCAGUCGAAGCAUUGGUUGGCAGGGUAUAGGGAUGCUGCUAAAUGGCAUAUUUGGGGCUGCUGUGGGUCCCUCAGUGUCUGUUGAAAAUGUUGGCCUCCUUGGAGUUACUCGACUAGGAAGCCGGAGAGUGGUUCAGAUAUCAACUGCAUUCAUGGUUUUCUUCUCAAUCUUCGGUAAAUUUGGGGCCCUCUUUGCCUCCAUUCCCUUCCCUAUAUAUGCUGCCAUGUACUGCGUCCUCUUUGGCUUUGUUGCUGCUAGUGGUGUCUCAUUUAUUCAAUUUACAAACAACAAUUCAAUGAGGAACAUGUACAUCUUGGGCCUCUCCCUCUUCUUGGGCAUCUCCGUUCCUCAAUACUUCAACGAAUUCUCUGCUUCAGCUGGACAUGGACCGGUCAAAACAAAUGCCAGUUGGUUCAACGACAUAUUGAAUACCAUCUUCUCUUCGGGCCCUACUGUGGCACUCAUGGUUGCGACACUCGUCGACAACACAUUGGACAUGGUGAAUUCUUGCAGAGAUAGAGGAGUUCCAUGGUGGCUUCCUUUCCAGUGUAAGAAAGGAGACAUGAGGAAUGAAGAGUUCUACAGACUGCCUCUCAAUGUGAAAGAGAUGAUCCCACAUAGGUUCUUGUAGCAAGGACUUUCACAGCACUAGUAUAUGCAUAUUUUCUUUGGUGGUUUUUCUUGCUGUCACCAUUACACACAUAUAUGCAUCCAUUAUGGUUUUCUCUCUCAUAAGAGUGUGAUUUUUACUGGGCAAUGAUAUAUGGGUUCUCCUCCAUUGUAAUGAAAAACUUAAAUGCAGCAGUUUCAUGUGCCA